CACCCAUUUUGAGAGUUGUUUUGCUGUGCCUCCUUUUCCUCCCUUAAAUGAUUACUGUAAACAACACUUCAAACAAACUAGGAAAUAUUCGAUUUGUCUGUAUAUCUGAUACACAUGGUAAAAUUGGGUUUGACGUUCCUGACGGUGAUGUACUCAUCCAUGCUGGUGAUAUAACUAGAAGAAGCACAAUGAAAGAAUUUGAAGAAUCCUUUCGCUGGUUAUCAACACUACCCCACAAACUCAAGAUUAUAACAGCAGGAAACCAUGACCACUUUCUCGAUCCCAUCUUUGGCAUGGUAGAACAAAGACAAACAGUUUUGACCAUGAUGGAGCAUUACGGGCUUACAUAUUUGGAACAUGAAGCUUUUCAAUUACCACCGGAAUUCGGGUCGUUUACAAUGUUCGUUUCGCCUUAUUCGCCUAUUCAUUUGGGAGGAGCAUUCAUGUUGACCGAUAUGUCUGAAAUAUGGAAUGAUCUCCCACAUGUUGAUAUUCUAGUUACCCAUACACCGCCUUUUGGAUUCAACGAUGAAGUUAUUCGUGGAAAGCGUCAUGUCGGAUGUAACUAUUUAAAACAACAGAUAGAUACAGUCAUCAAACCAAAGGUCUCUAUUUGUGGACAUAUCCAUGAGGCAUAUGGCUAUACAUUUGAUGAAAAUGGCGUAUUAUUCAUCAAUGCUUGUCUAUCUGACCAUAAAUAUAGAGCAGUAAAUAAGCCAAUCACAUUUGACCUGUAAAAAAUAAAAUAAUUGAAAAACUCCAAAUUAU